AUGGUGCACAAGCUGGCUGACAAGAAGACACGUAAGACGCUGGAGAGAGACGACUUUCGCCUUCUGCAUUACGCCGGGGAGGUCACCUACUGCGUUGUGGGGUUCCUCAACAAAAACAAUGACCUGUUAUACAGAAACAUCAAAGAUGUGAUGCGGCAAUCUAAAAAUACCAUAGUCAGAGAGUGCUUUGCAUCAAAGGAAUCGGAUGGCAGGCGGCGACCAGAGACGGUUGCUAGCCAGUUUAAGAGCAGUCUGCUGGGACUGACAGACAUCCUCAUGUCUAAGGAGCCCUGGUAUGUGCGCUGCCUCAAAUCYAACGAGUCCAAACAGCCAGGGCAGUUUGACGACAUGGUGGUUCGGCACCAAGUGAAGUACCUGGGGCUGAUGGAACACCUUAGGGUCAGACGGGCAGGUUUUGCAUACCGAUGCCGCUAUGACGUUUUUCUGCAGAGAUACAAGCCCCUAUGCCCAGCCACCUGGCCCUAUUGGAGAGGAGUGGCUGCAAAAGGAGUGGAAGUGCUGGUGCAGCACCUAGGUUACCUGCCAGAUGAGUACAAAAUGGGCAGAACCAAGAUAUUUAUCCGCCACCCAAGGACACUUUUUGCCACAGAGGAUGCCUUUGAGGUCUGCAAACAUAAACUUGCAUCAAGGAUUCAGGCCCAGUACAAGGGAUACUGGCAAAAAGGACAAUUCAGAAGACAGAAAGAAGCCGCCACCAAGAUUGAGACUUGCUGGCGAGGAGUACAAGCCAGGAAAGAGAAAGGGAGGAGACAAUGGGCUGUCAAGGUCAUCAAGAAGUUUAUUAAAGGAUACAUGGCCAGAGGGGAGGCAACGACCACCGAUAACUCAGAAUACCUGGCCUUUGUCAGACAGAACUACCUAAACAGGCUGAAAGACAAUCUCCCCAAAAUGGUUCUGGAUAAAACCAGCUGGCUAACCCCUCCACCGGUAUUGACGGAGACCUCAGAGAUCCUGCGUCAGCUCCACAUGCGUCUCAUGGUGAGGAAGUAUAUCAGAGGUAUCACUGCACAACAGAAAGCACAGCUUCAACUCAAGGGGAUCACCAGUGUCAUCUUCAAGGGCAAGAAGGACAGCUACCCACAGAGUGUCUCCCAACCCUAUGUGGACACCAGGAUCAGUGAUCAGGACAUAAAUAUGAAGGUCCUGCAGAUGAUUCACCAUGAAGGGAUCAAGUACAGCAUACCAAUAGUGAAGUAUGACAGGAAUGGAUUUAAAGCCCGACCUCGGCAGCUCAUCCUCACACAGACUGCUGCCUAUGUGGUGGAUGAUGCCAAGAUCAAGCAGAGAGUGCUGCACACUACUCUGAAAGGUGUGUCGGUCAGUACCUUGAGUGAUGGCGUCAUCAUUUUCCAUAUUGCAAGUGAAGACGAUAAGCAGAAGGGGGACCUAAUCAUGCAGUGUGACCACCUGUUUGAAGCGUUGACCAAACUCAGCGUGGUUGCCAACAAGCAGAGCGCCAUCAACGUGGUCCAGGGCAGCGUCAAGUUUCAGAUGCAGGCGGGGAAAGAGGGCAUUGUGGAAUUCAGCAGUGGCCAGGAGUCCAUGGUGUACAAGGACAAGAAUGGACAUCUCAUGGUGGUUUCCACUCGGACCAGGGCUCGAUGACCUGUGCAGGGUCCAGGACAGAGAGACACACUAAGGAGAGGAUGGACAGGCUCCCAGGA